GCGUUUUUAUUGGUCGAUUUAGUGACAAUCUGGUAACUGUGAAUCGGUGUGGUUGGUCACCCUGUUUUUUGCCCGUUGACGCUCCAUUUCCAGUCAUUUUCCCGCCUGUCUCCGAAGUAAGUCUCCUGUGCUAAACGAAUAAAAAAUGUCUGGACGUGGGAAAGGUGGUAAAGUCAAAGGCAAGGCGAAGUCCCGGUCAAACCGAGCGGGGCUACAAUUUCCGGUGGGAAGAAUCCAUCGUUUACUCCGCAAGGGUAACUAUGCGGAACGCGUUGGGGCCGGUGCCCCCGUCUAUUUGGCAGCUGUAAUGGAAUACUUGGCUGCUGAGGUGUUGGAGUUAGCCGGGAACGCCGCUAGGGAUAACAAGAAGACAAGAAUUAUUCCACGUCAUCUGCAACUUGCUAUAAGGAAUGAUGAAGAGUUAAACAAGUUACUAUCGGGUGUGACUAUUGCCCAAGGAGGUGUAUUGCCAAAUAUUCAAGCUGUUCUUCUACCUAAGAAGACUGGAAAUGCCCCAACUGGGGGUAAGGGAGGCAAAUCUCAAUCUCAAGAUUAUUAAUUAAGUUUCGUUUGAUUAUACUAUUAUUUUUCAUUCAGGACAGUUUCCUAUUUUGUUAACCUUAUUUGUAUUGUAAUGUUCUAAGAAAAAUCUGUCAAUACAUUUUGUUCAAAUUUGAAUAAAGUUGGAAGGAUCA